CGGCUGCGCAGCGCCGGGCCCGCCCCUGUGCCGCGCGCACGUCGGGGGCGGGAACGGCGCGCGCAACCCCUCAGGCGGGUAACUGCGCAGCGCUCGGGACCCGGGGCGGUGGGAAGCUCGGGUUGCCGAGGGGUUCGCGCGGGAGUCGGUGCGGAGGAGCCAUGGUCGGCCAACUGAGUGAGGGGGCCAUUGCGGUCAUAAUGCAGCAGCAGGAUACAUCCAUCAAACCCAUGCUCCAGGUCAUUAACAUCCGUCCCAUCACCACAGGGAACAGUCCGCCACGUUAUCGACUGCUCAUGAGUGAUGGAUUGAACACUUUGUCAUCUUUCAUGUUGGCCACACAGUUGAACACUCUUGUUGAACAAGGACAAUUGGCCAGCAACUGCGUUUGCCAGGUUAACCGAUUCAUUGUGAACACCCUGAAAGACGGAAGGAGAGUAGUUAUUUUGAUGGAAUUAGAAGUUUUGAAAUCAGCUGAAGCAGUUGGAGUGAAGAUUGGCAAUCCAGUGCCCUAUAAUGAAGGACAUGGGCAACAGCAGGUGGCUCCUCCUCCAGUUCCAGCUGCCAGCCCAGCUAGCAGCAAGCCCCAGCCACAGAAUGGAAGCUCGGGAGUGGGUUCCACUCUUCCUAAGGCUUAUGGUGCAUCAAAGACGUUUGGAAAAGCUGGAGGUCCCAGCCUGUCCAGCACUUCCGGGGGAACACAAGCCAAAGUGGUACCCAUUGCCAGCCUCACCCCUUACCAGUCCAAGUGGACGAUUUGUGCUCGUGUCACCAACAAAAGUCAGAUCCGUACCUGGAGCAACUCCCGAGGAGAAGGGAAGCUGUUCUCUCUAGAACUAGUUGAUGAAAGUGCUGAAAUCAGAGCUACGGCUUUCAAUGAGCAAGUGGACAAGUUCUUUCCCCUCAUUGAAGUGAACAAGGUGUAUUAUUUCUCAAAGGGCACCCUGAAGAUUGCUAACAAACAAUUCACAGCUGUUAAAAAUGACUAUGAGAUGACCUUCAAUAAUGAGACUUCCGUCAUGCCCUGUGAAGAUGAUCAUCACUUGCCUACCGUUCAGUUUGAUUUCACAGGGAUUGAUAACCUAGAGAGCAAGUCUAAAGACUCACUUGUCGACAUAAUUGGGAUCUGCAAGAGCUAUGAAGAUGCCACGAAAAUCACAGUGAGGUCUAACAACAGAGAGGUUGCUAAGAGGAAUAUCUACUUGAUGGACACGUCGGGGAAGGUGGUGACUGCUACACUGUGGGGGGAAGAUGCUGAUAAAUUUGAUGGUUCCAGACAGCCUGUGCUGGCUAUCAAAGGAGCCAGAGUCUCAGAUUUCGGUGGACGGAGCCUCUCUGUGUUGUCUUCCAGCACCAUCAUCGUGAAUCCUGACAUCCCAGAGGCCUAUAAGCUUCGUGGAUGGUUUGACUCAGAAGGACAAGCCUUAGAUGGCGUCUCCAUCUCUGAUCUAAAGAGCGGUGGACUUGGAGGGAGCAGCACCAACUGGAAAACCUUGUAUGAGGUCAAAUCAGAGAACCUGGGCCAAGGCGACAAGCCGGACUACUUUAGCUCCGUGGCCACAGUGGUGUAUCUUCGCAAAGAGAACUGCAUGUACCAGGCCUGCCCAACUCAGGACUGCAAUAAGAAAGUGAUUGAUCAGCAGAAUGGCUUAUACCGCUGUGAGAAGUGCGACACUGAAUUCCCCAGUUUCAAGUACCGCAUGAUCCUAUCGGUAAAUAUUGCAGAUUUUCAAGAGAAUCAGUGGGUGACUUGUUUCCAGGAGUCUGCUGAAGCUAUCCUUGGACAAAGUGCUGCCUAUCUUGGAGAAUUAAAAGACAAGAAUGAACAGGCGUUUGAAGAAGUUUUCCAGAAUGCCAACUUCCGAUCCUUCAUAUUCCGAGUCAGGGUCAAAGUAGAGACCUACAAUGACGAGUCUCGAAUUAAGGCCACUGUGAUGGAUGUGAAGCCUGUGGACUACAGAGAGUAUGGCAGAAGGCUGGUCCAGAGCAUCCGGAGAAAUGCAUCAAUGUGAGGAGAGAGUGCUGAUUGGGCAGAAGCUUGCAGGCGAAGAGCCAAAUGGAAUCCAUUUCCCCCCACCCCUGUGUGACAAGCCCACAUUUGCUACAAAGCACAGAGGCUCUUUAUGGUGGACUAAGCAAUUUCCUCUCGUGUGCAUCUCACAGCCGAGUGGUAGGCAACGGAGAAUACGCUCAGGUGGCUGCGGUUUAGACUGUCAGGCCCAAGGCGUCCACCAGCCACUUAGUGUAAGACCAGUCACCCCCUGUCUCCAGGCUUCCGUCAGUGGUGUGAAGAUUCCAUUACCAUCAAGCAGGAAUGAUGAUGUCAGUAACUGACCCUCACUGUGGACUUGCAGUAAAUGAUGUGACUGGGUUUCUGCUUCUCCCGUGGUGACCCCCUCACACCCUGGGUUGUGUCUUAGCGGGGAGAGAUGAGAAGAGGUGGUGGGAUACCUGGGUGUUUUAGUAAGUGUGUCUUCCUAGAUUCAAAGGCGCUCUCUUUCUUUUCUUUUCUUUUCUUUUUUCUUUUUUUUUUUUUUUUUGAGACAGAGUUUCGCUCUUAUUACCCAGUCUGGAGUGCAAUGGCGCAAUCUCGGCUCACUGCAACCUCCACCUCCUGGGUUCAGGCAAUUCUCCUGCCUCAGCUUCCUGAGUAGCUGGGAUUAUAGGCAUGCGCCACCAUGCCCAGCUAAUUUUAUAUAUAUUUUUUAGUAGAGACGGGGUUUCACCAUGUUGACCAGGAUGGUCUCGAUCUCUUGACGUCGUGAUCCACCCACCUCGGUCUCCCAAAGUUCUGGGAUUACAGGCUUGAGCCACCGUGCCCGGCCAAGGCGCUCUCUUUCUAGAGGUGCUACCUACUAGUUAAUGCUUGGAAUGGCAGUAGGGUAGAAUUAUUAAUCAAAGGCAUAUCUUUUAUAUCCGCAGAAUAUCCUUCCUUCAGGGUUUGAUAGCCUGAGUCAGAUGGGUCUGAUACUAAUCAGAAUUGUCUCUUCUGAGGACUGCUGCUAAGCACUGACUUGCCGUCCCCUAGGGAAAUCCAGGCAACUACAAAGCAUUUCUUUAGUUUCCACUUCAAUUCACGUAGCAUUUCGGCUAGUGAACGUAGACUCUUCCUACCUGUUCAUAGUCCUUGCAUUCGUAUAUUUUCUUUUUUCGACUAAAGCUGUGUUCAAUGGAAAGGAUUUCGAAACCUUUUGUUUCCCUUGCUUUGUUUUAAUAAACAGUAUAUUCUUUGCUUGUGAA